AUGUCUUUUCGAGGAGGAGGUCGCGGUGGCUUUGCCACUGGUGCCAAUCGCGGAGGUUCCUUCGGUGGCCGUGGUGGCCGCGGAGGCUUCCAGCAGCCAAUGGGACCACCAGCACAAGUUUUGGAGAUGGGAUCUUUCAUGCAUGCUUGUGAGGGCGAGAUGGUGUGCGAAUCGAUCAACCCGAAGAUUCCUUAUUUCAAUGCCCCUAUCUACCUGGAGAACAAAACUCCUAUUGGAAAAGUUGACGAGGUUCUUGGCCCCAUCAACCAGGUCUACUUCACCAUCAAGCCUCAGGAAGGAAUUGUCGCAACUUCUUUCAAGCCUGGUGACAAGGUCUACAUCGGUGGGGAUAAGCUCCUGCCAUUGGAGAAGUUCCUUCCUAAGCCUAAGCCGCCACCGGGUAGGAUCCCAUCUACGACCAAAUAUAUGUCGCGCAUAUUACUGACAACCAUUCAGGUGCUGCUAAGCCUAAGAGAGCUGGAGGUGCUGCCAGGGGUGGUCCUCGCGGUGGUAGAGGAGGCCCUCGUGGUGGUGCGAGAGGUGGACGCGGCGGAUUUGGCGGAUUUGGCGCCCCUAGAGGCGGAGGCGGCUUCCGCGGUGGAGCUAGAGGAGGUGGAGGCUUCCGUGGUGGAAGCGGUGGCUUCUCCAGGGGAGGCGGCAGAGGAGCACCUCGUGGAGGUUUCCGACGUUAGACAGUCUCCGUCUUGCUUAGCACUGUCUUAUUACGGCGUUAUGGGAAAACGGGAGCUUUUGCAGGAACUUUUUGUGUCAAUUUCUCUGUGCAUCCUAGGUGGCUUGCCUAUUCGCAAAGGCUUUAUGUCUGUCCUCUCGUCUAUGCGUUACUGUCUAGGAGACCCUCAUGACUAUGGUGCCAUCUGGGCUGCGCUUGGACUUAUGCCUUUCGGGCUUUUCUUUGAUUUCAUGGAUGGAAAGAUUGCAAGGUGGAGGAACAAGUCGUCGCUCAUGGGACAAGAACUCGAUUCAUUGGCAGAUCUGAUUUCCUUUGGCAUGGCACCGGCUGCGGCAGCCUUCGCUCUUGGAGUCCGCACAAAUGUCGACCACCUCCUCCUCGCCUUUUUCGUCCUUUGUGGCCUGACACGGUUAGCCCGGUUUAACGUGACAGUUGCCGUACUUCCCAAGGACAAGACUGGAAAGUCGAAGUAUUUUGAGGGCACGCCAAUUCCGACCACACUGUCUAUUGCUGCACUCAUGGCUUACUGGGUUUCUCAGGGAUGGAUUCAGGAAGACCUGCCACUAGGCGUUAUUGCGCAGGGCACGGCCUUUGAAUUCCACCCUGUGGCGUUGCUGUUCGUUCUGCAUGGCUGUCUGAUGGUCAGCAAGUCUAUACAUAUUCCCAAACCUUGA